AUUGCAGCAGUUUAUGGUGAGGAGACAGAAGCUAACACCGUCAACACAACAGUCUCCAGGACGCUUUCACAAAUGGAGAAUGUGCUUUUAGCCGUGGAAGAUGACGACCUUUACUCGGGUUAUAAUGAUUACAACCUCGCGUUCGACACCGAGGAGCUGGAUAAUGAUGUGGGCUUCCAGCAAGCAGUAAGGACCAGUCAUGGCAGAAGACCUCCUAUGACAGCAAAGUUCCCAGGUACUGCGGUCGGCUCACGCCCACUGGUCUCAUCACUCGGGGCUCGGGUCCCACUGGCUUCCUCAAUGGCUUCUUCGCUGGGUCGACCACUGACUGGAGCAAUGCAGGACGGAGCUCCAAGACCCAUGACAGCCAUCCGAGCAGCAGGCUUCACGUCAGCCCUGACCAGAGGCAGCACCUUUGAUCCACUUGGCCAGUCCAGAGGUCCGGCUCCUCCCCUGGAGGCCAAGAAUGAAGACCUGCCCGAGGAGAAGAUCAAGCUGCUGGAGAAGAGAGUGAACGAGCUGAUCGAGGAGAGCUGCAUGGCACACAGCAUAGGCUCCUCACAGCUGGCUCUUGAAAAGGCAAAAGAAGCGGGCAGGAAGGAGCAUGCGUUGGUGAGGCAGAGGGAGCAGACUGGGAACAGGGACCAAGCCAAUCUAGACCUGACUUACUCUGUGCUCCUUAACCUGGCCAAUCAGUAUGCCAACAACGAGAUGUACACGGAGGCCCUCAACUCCUACCAGGUCCUCAUCAAAAACAAGAUGUUUAGCAAUGCAGGCAGACUGAAGGUCAACAUGGCAAACAUCUAUGUGAAGCAAAAGAACUACCCCAAAGCCAUCAAGUUCUACCGCAUGGCUCUGGACCAGAUCUCCAAUGCUCACAAGGAGGUGCGUAUCAACAUCCAGCAGAACAUCGGCCUGGUCUUUGUGCUCAUGGGACAGUACUCAGACGCCAUCACCUCCUACGAGCACAUCAUGAGCGAGUGCCCCAACAUCAAGGCUGGCUUCAACCUGCUUCUGUGCUACUUCGCCCUGGGGGACCGAGACCGCAUGAAGAGCGCCUUUCAGAAGCUCAUCUCUGUCCCUCUCAACAUCGACGACGAGGACAAGUAUAUCUCUCACAGUGAUGACCCUACCUCCAACAUGGUCAUCGAGGCCAUCAAGAACGACCGGCUUCAUCAGAUGGAGAGGAAUCUGAAAGCUCUGGCUGAAAAGUACAUUAUGACAGCAGCCAAGCUCAUCGCUCCAGCCAUCGAGUCGUCUUUCGCUGUGGGCUUUGACUGGUGUGUGGAGAUGGUGAAGAACUCUCAGUAUGUGGAACUAGCCAAUGACCUGGAGAUAAACAAGGCCAUUACCUAUCUCCGGCAGAAGGACUUUAAUAAGGCUGUGGAGACUCUGAAAACUUUUGAGAAAAAGGACAGUCGGGUCAAGAGUGCAGCAGCCACUAAUCUCUCCGGCCUCUACUUCCUGGAGAAGGACUUUGAGCAGGCUGAUCGCUAUGCUGAUCUGGCCAUGAGCGCGGACCGUUACAACCCCGCUGCUCUCACCAACAAGGGCAACACUGUGUACGUCCAGCAUGAUUAUGAGAAGGCUGCCGAGUUCUACAAAGAAGCCCUACGGAACGACUCCUCCUGCACAGAGGCCCUCUACAACCUGGGUCUGACCUAUAAGAGGCUAAACCGACUAAAGGAGGCUCUGGACUGCUUCCACAAGCUCCACGCCAUUCUAAGGAACUGUCCACAGGUCAUGUACCAGCUUGCCUCUCUUUAUGAGCUGGUGGAGGAACGUCCCCAUGCAAUGGACUGGCUCAUGCAGGUGCUCACUGUGGUGCCCACAGACGCCAAAGUCCUGGCUAAACUGGGCGAGCUGCUCGACUGUGAAGGAGACAAGUCUCAGGCCUACCACUACUACUAUGAGUCUUACAGGUACUUUCCGUCCAACAUCGAUGUGAUCGAGUGGCUGGCAGCUUAUCACAUAGAGACGCAUUUCUUUGAGAAGGCCAUUCCAUACUUUGAAAGAGCCAUGCUAAUACAACCAACAGAAGUCAAAUGGCAGCUCAUGGUCGCAAGUUGCUUCAGAAGAAGUGGAAACUACCAGAAAUCCUUGGAAACGUAUAAAAAAAUCCACAGCAGGUUUCCAGAAAAUGUGGACUGCCUGCGCUUCCUGGUGAGGCUGUGCACUGACAGGGGUCUGGCAGAUGCUCAGGAGUAUGCUGGAAAACUCAAGAAGCUGGUGAAGAUGAAGGAGCUCCGGGAACAGAGGGUGAAGUCAGGACAUGAAGGCAGUGCCAAAAACCGGAGAGAGGGCAGUGCUGGGAGCACAGACAGUGGACACAGCAGCAGCAGCCGAGGAGAGCGCCUGAGCUCCAGACUUCGCUCACUGCCUGGGAACCACGAGCCCUAUGAGACCAGCAAUCCCAAGGAACUGGAUGCAUCCUAUGUGGACCCCCUGGGACCACAGGUGGAUAGGCCCAAGACUGGAGCCAAGAAGCGUCAGGAGGAGGACUUUGAGGACGAGGAACUGGGGGACGACCUGCUGCCUGAGUAGUCCCUGUCCACAGCAUAGAUCACAAGUGCUCUCACCUGUAUUUCUACCUCAUUUGGUUUCCUGUAGUUUUUUUUGUUUGUUUUUCUUUUUGGGGGGGGGGGGACAUUAUUGACAUUAUUUUCAUUAUUUUCCACAAUAAAAGUGGUUUCUUUCUUUUCUGUUUUGCUUCUUCUUUUGCUCUUCGCAGCAAUUGCAGCUUCUAGUGUUGAAGUUUGAAAUAAAGUGAUGAGCGCCCUCUGUGU